AUGGGAGACAACAGCAAGCAAGCGCCGACAUGCAUGGAUAUACAGACCCUGUCUUUCGCAGGGGCAGGCCUGGUCGCAUCUCUCACACUGUUAACAGUCCAAUUGGUUCUUCAGGUCGCUCUAUGUCGCACCGAUCCAGCUCCCCUCAUCGUCUGCACCCUCCUAGUCUUCAUCUUUGUCAAGGCCCUUGGCCUCUUUGGCUCCUCUGGCGGCAUCAUGGAUCGCAUCGCCAGGGGUAUCAUGGCAGCUGGCGCAGCCAUGCUCACUCCCGAAUCGCCUGCUCGACCUGCUCCUCCUGCUCCUCCUUCUGGGCAGCCGAAAAAGGAGGACAAGAAGAGCGGAGAAGACAAGCAGGACGACAAGAAGGGUGGUGACAAUAAGAACGGCGACAACAAAAAUGGAGAUAACAAGAACGGUGACAACAAGAAGAAUGGUGGAGAGAAGAAAGACGAGAAGAAGGAUGAGAAGAAAGAUGGAGGUGACAAGAAGGACGAGAAGAAGGAUGGAAAGAAGGACGAGAAGUCCGGAGACGAUGAGAUCACCAAGAUCGUCAAGAAGUACCUCGAGCAGCUCAAGCACUACAAGCCCCCUCCAGCUCCAGCGCCGGCGCCAGCGCCGACUCCGCAAGAGCCUAAAAAGGUGGAGCCCAAGAAAGAGGAGCCCAAGAAGGAAGAGCCCAAGAAGAAGUGCCCUCAGCGGUCACCGCCUGGCCAGCCCGAUGCUUGCUGGAAAGAUGGCAAGCGCAGAGUCAAGACCUGGAUCAGCAAAGAUCCCGACUGCUGGAAUUGUGAUUGUGGCAACGGCAAGUAG